AUGGUCUCCAAGUCUCUUGCUCUCUUGGCUCUGUCCAGCCUUGCUAUUGCUAAGCCUCAUGGCCACCAGCAUCAGCACGUUCCUAAGCACAUCCCUCAGGGCACUGGUCCCCGUGGACCCAGGGGUACUGGACGUCCCGGCUUCUUUCCCGGUGGCAAUGGAACUUGGGGUGAUGCUCCCUUUGCAUCGGGCUCUGGAGCUGGCUCUGUCCCGGUAGUCACCCAGACCGUUGUCCCAGUGCCAGGUGAAGGUGCUCCUGGCAUGCCCACUGGUGCUCCUCAGGUGCCUGGCGGUGGUGAGGGUGCUGCCCCUCCCAAGCCCGAGAUCCCCGGCGGCGAUGAGGGUGCUGCCUCGCCUCCUGCCGCUGGCGCUCCUGGCGGUGGUCAGGGCGGCAUCAGCGGCCCUCCCGAUGUCAACAACAACAUUCCCGCUACCGAUGUCGCUGGCGGUGCUGGCGGUAAUGCCUGCGUUCCCCAAACCACAACGACCACUACCAUUCAGUAUGUCACUGUCACUGCUGACGCCGGCUCGCCUCCUCAAGGUGGCGCUCCCCCUGCUGGCGGCGCACUUCCUUCUGGUGGCGAAGGUGACCUGACCAACACCAAAGAUGCCUCCGCUGGUGAAUUCUUUGGCGUGCCCACUGGUGGCUUUGGUGGUGGAUAUGGUGGUGGUCAUGGUGGCCAGGGUGGUGACUUCGGUGGCGCUGCCCAGUCAACGACCUUCGCUACCCUGCCGGCUGGCGGCAACGCUGCGCCUACCCCUGCCGGCGGCUACGGCGGUGCACCCUCCGGCACUGGCUCUCCUGCUAUCCCAACUGGUGGCAGUGGAAGCGGGAGCGGGAGUGGUAGUGGCAACAGCACCGGCGGCGGCGCCUCUGGUGGCAAGGCCGGUCUUUCCUAUAACUCUGCCGGUCUCCUUUCCGCCUUUGACGGCGCCGGCAUGAGCUGGGCUUAUAACUGGGCCGCCAAACCUGACGGCACACUUCCCUCUGGUGUCGAGUACGUCCCCAUGUGCUGGGGUGCCAACGACAUCGACACCUGUGCUCAGGCAGCUGCUGGUGCCAAGCAUGUCCUGGGCUUCAACGAGCCCGAUCUCGGUGAGCAAGCUGACAUGACACCUGAGGCCGCAGCUCAAGGUCACAUCAAGGCACUGAACCCUCUUGGCGCUGCAGGAGCGCAAGUCGGCUCUCCCUCCAUCACCAACGGCGGUGCUCCUCACGGCAUUGACUGGCUGAACAAGUGGUUCAGCGCCUGCGGUGGCCAAUGCACUGUCGACUUCGUCACCUUCCACUGGUACGACUCGGCCUCCAACAUCGGAUAUUUCAAGCAGCAUGUUCAGGAUGUCAUUGAUACUGCCAAGCAGAACGGCGUCAGCAAGGUCUGGUUGACCGAGUUCGGUGUCACCUCCGGUGACGCUGCCAGCUUCAUCACCGAGGCCAAGGCCUUCCUCGACAGCACUCCCGAAGUCGAGCGUUACGCUUACUUCAUGGCUGCUGAGGGCAACUUGAUUCAGGGCGGCGGUCUCUCUGCCGCUGGCAAGGCCUACGCCGGUUCAUCAUAG